UUUCCGGAGCAGAGUGGGAGUUUGCGAAAAUUCCGCAAAAGUUUACGCCGAACCAUUCACGAUGCGAUGCUGCGUAGCUGCGCUGUUCGCGCUGGCCACGCUGGCCGCGGCGGCGGCCGCCGACGCUCCCCACGACGCGCCACCACCACAGGCCGACACCGAUGUGGAACUAACAGAAGAAGAAAAGAGAGCAUGGUCAAGUCUACACGGAGGAGGCGGGUGGGGCAAAAGGGGCUGGCAGGACAUGAGUUCAGCUUGGGGAAAACGGGGCUGGCAGGACUUGAACUCAGCCUGGGGCAAGCGAGGCUGGCAAGACUUGAAUUCCGCUUGGGGUAAAAGGGGCUGGCAGGAUUUAAAUUCCGCGUGGGGUAAAAGAGGCUGGCAAGAUUUAAACUCUGCGUGGGGUAAAAGAGGUUGGCAAGACCUUAACACUGCAUGGGGCAAGCGAGCAUGGAGGGAUUUGUAUCAGACGCCGUGGGGCAAGCGGGCCUGGCAGGACUUGAACUCUGCUUGGGGCAAACGGGGCUGGCAGGACAUGAGCUCGGCGUGGGGAAAACGGGCACCUGAGAAAUGGGCCAACUUCCACGGCUCGUGGGGCAAGCGCACGGCCCCGGAACCCGACUAUCAGGACUAUGAGAUCGCCUACGAGCACACCGUGCCCCUGCAACAGGAUGAGGCGGACCACCUACCCCUGGAGAGCCCCGAGAAGAGGGCGUGGUCAGCGCUGCACGGCUCCUGGGGCAAGCGGCCCAACAAGCAAUCCCAGCUGUACAACAGCGGAGCGUACUACUGGAAGAGAGAGCCCGGCUGGACGAAUUUAAGGGGCAUGUGGGGCAAGCGCUCCUCGCCCCCCGGCCUGCCCCUGCCCCUAGACGAGGAUCACGAUGGCGCCACAGGGGACGAGGCCUAGACUACUGGCAAUUGUAAUAUAGGUACACGAAAUACUAGUCAUAUCCAAAUAUAUUCAUGUCUAAAUAUACUUUCCAAUGUUUUCGUUUAAAUACUGUUUAUCGUCAACUAUCGAGGCGAUACAUUGGCGGCAUUAGUUCCUAGAUAUAACAUUAUUUUAUAUAAAUAUAGAGAUUACUAUUAUUUACUUUACUUUGUUAUAGUUUCAGAAUCGAUCGUACAAAAUAAAAAUAUAGCUCUGUAACUAUGUCACCUUCUAGAGUAGAUUUAACUAGCUCUUAUUCUAAUCUGUAUUCUCAAACGGACAGGAUGUAUAUGUCUACUAUAGUUUUUAUCCUUUAAUUUAAUGAUUUGGGACAGCGAUACUGUCUGAUUCAGAAUCUUUCAAUUCUUAUUCUACGUAAGUAUGAAAAUGGCAAAGAUAAACGAAAUACAGAGAGGGCAGAAGAUGCCAUUAUUGAGUAGUUGUUCUGCAAAGUAAAUUGCUACUAUUUUGACUGCAAAAAACAUCAAUAUUUCUGUACUAUUGAUUUAAAUUAAUAAAAUCAGUUAAUUAUCCAACUUCUACUCGUAGACUUAAUACAAAAAAUUUAGUAGCAUUCAAAUAUACUGUGUCAUACGUACCUAUUCUUUUUAUUCUUAUAUAACUUUCUAGACAAUUUUUAAUGUAAGAAAAUUAAAUAAAUAAAGCAAUUUUCUUCCUGUAACGUUAGUUGACUGCAUUUUAGAAUAAGAUCUAGGUUUUAAGUAAGAUGUUUAUUUAUACGAUAUCUGUAUACGUAGGAGUAAGGGGCGAGGUGUAACUAUAUAAUAUGUAUGUACUGCUAGUUAGCUGAAUUAAUUACUAGGCGUACGGACUAAUUAAUUGUAUUUUAUUAGUAAAGUUGAUGUACAUGGAAGGGCUUCGUUCGAUGUCGACGUUUGUCCAAUAAAAGUUUAUUCGAA